UUUAUUUCAGAUGAAGAGCAAUACACAUUGUAGCAGCUGCCAGUACAUCAGAGAGAUGGGAACAUCAUCAUUAUCCUUUUUAAAUGUAUAAUAAAGUCAUCAAAGGAUCAUCAGGAAGUUUGUACUCUAUUUACUCAAUAUAAAAUAGUACAAAUCACCAAUAAAUGUUACUUUUUUGACACUUCCAAAGCAUGGCAAUAUGAUCAACUACUGGCUAAUUCUAUCUCUAGUUGGAUUUUUGAAUUUGUCUGGUUUUAAGUUCAAAAGCUCAAAUUAAAAAACCCUUCUUUUUUCCUUUCUGACUUUUAGAGACAGAACGUGCUGAUAAGUGUGACCUUUCUGAAAUGUGAGCAGCGAUCACCCACAAUAAUAUUUUAUUAAAAUCUUUUAGACAUGUCCAAAGAGUACAUCUUAGUGGCAGACAAGACUAUUUCAUAUUGAACAGCCAAUAGGGGAGAAAGGUUAAAGAUGCAAUGAACAUCUAUGACCAUUUCCCUUUUGUCUAGAAAGCUUGCCUAGCAAAGGGGCAUACUUGGCAUUGCUGUAUCAUAGAUGUGGCGAGUUGAAAGAGGCUGAAGUACCUGUGGCUCAUUAAGUGUAUAUGGCUCUUUGCCUAGAAACCAUAAUUCUUUGGCAUGUGUCUUAGUUUGGGAGGAGCUAGGUGUAGUUACAACAAUACAGCCUGUCUCUUGUUCAGGCACAACUCUUCACAGCAAGAGGCGAGCUUUCUACUUUAAAAAGACGGGGGAACAGACUUGGGGAAACUCUAAAGAGACGCUACAUGACUAAAUGACACUUGCUUCAGAAGAAAAUUUGUUUGCUCUCUACCAUUAUGGCUCAAUAUUAUCCAGGUGUGAUGCACACUUUUCCUUAUUCAUACCUGCCCCUUGGGCCUAAUCAUGUGUCUCCAAUGUCACAAGCCCCCAUGUUCCCUCCUAUCCAGAUGCACAACCUCUAUAGCAGGCCUCUUGCUCUCAUCUUGGACAGUAACAAUGGAUACAAUGACAAUGCUGCCCACCAAGUGGAGUACCAUCAUAUGUAUGGUGCACAUCCUUACUCCUAUCCUUAUCCCUGGUGGCACUGGCCCCAAGUGAGCCCUCUUCCUCUCUACAACCCCUAUGCCAACUAUCAUCCAUACACAGCAUACCAGCAACCACGCUGGGAUGUAUGGCCAGAGGGCUUCACCCUGAGGGGGGAGCUUCGUUGGGGCAGGCUUGAGAGAGUUGUGGGACCUAGGAGGGAUUUGCCAGAGUUUGUGAGAGAUGAUCUCAGAAGGGUCUAUGGCACCUAUCCAAGGACGGAUGUGUCCAUCACCUACCACAAUGGGGAAUUUCUUGUGAAAGGGGACCCUAUAGUAGGAGAACAAGAAUACCGGAUAGAGAAGAGAAUCAUCAGGAAGGAGCCCACCCCAAGUGUCAGUGAAACAGAGGACAACAGUGAAGACCAGAAAAGGAAGAAGAAAAAGAAAUCAAAAAGAUAAUCAAACUGGUCCUACAACUAUAUACAGCAGCAUUAAUUGAACUAAUAUCUCUAUGUUAAGAUGCAAGAGUCAGCUGUGGUGAAUGCUGCCGUCUGGGCUAGAAGUGCACAGCAGAUAAUGGGAAAUAUUCUUCUUUAAUCUUUUUACACUUUUCAAAGACAUUUUAGUAGCAACUGAUUACUAGAUUGUUCAGGCUUAUAUAUUAAUUAAUAAGCAUAAGUUUCUCUUGUGCUCUAAGAAAUAUCACCCUAUUCUGCUAGUAUCUGAGCCAUUUUCUUCAGAUCAAUGGACAGUUAUAUCAACCAAAAAUAUAGGUAUGAGACUUCAACUGUAGUCGCUGGCACUCUGUUCCUAUAAGUACCACUUACAAUUUAACACUACAAAAUCUCCCUAGUCCUUUUCUACCCUCUGCAAAAUCUCCCUAGUCCUUUUCUACCCUCUGCAUGUGAGUGGGAGAUCACUGGCUACGUAACUAAGUCAUAGAGUGCACUGCUUACUAUGGAAUUACUUAGAAUCUGAGAGCAAUGCAAGGUGGCGGUAUAUUGAAAUUUGUUCUCACACCUGUAUUUCACAUGCUCACACACAACAGUGAUUUUUUACAGCAGGAUUACGCUCAAUAUGAAUUCCAUAUUGUGUGACAUGUGCAAUUGAUGGUUCAUUACAUGUGCAUGAAUGAAACCAACAUUGUAGGGAGGGACCAUUAAGAGAUUUGCCUGGACACCAAGUUGGAGCCUAAUAUGUACACAAGCUAUAGAAUUUUAAAUAAAACAAGCAUG